AUGGAACAGUAUUUUACUGCUGCAAGGGUGCCUGACGCUGACAAGUUAAACAUUACCACAAUGUACUUUACGGGUGAUGCUAAACAUUGGUGGAGAACUCGAAAUGCAGAUGAUGUAAGUGCUGGUCGUCCUAGAAUUGCUACGUGGGACAAGUUAAUGAAAGAAAUGCGCGAUCAAUUUCUUCCUAGCAAUGCCUCUUGGCUUGCAAGGGAUAAGUUGAAAAGGCUAAGGCAGACAGGUUCGGUGAGGGAAUACAUUAAAGAAUUCACCUCUGUGAUGUUAGACAUUCAAAACAUGUUUGAUGAGGAUAAGUUACACAACUUCAUUUCGGAUUCGUUGGUUGAUUUCCGAACAACUCGUCCUUUGACGGAUGUUCCCUAUACUUCAAAAACUAAGAAAAAUAAUGAUAAGAAAGGGGAAUGGAAAAAGGAUAGUCUUAAGGACUGUACAAAUGACAAAGGAAAGGCACAAAUGAAGGACGGUAAAGACAGACCAAAGAACAAAGAUGGUAAUUCUAAGGGCUGUUGGACUUGUGGUGGUCCUCAUUUGGCCAAGUCUUGUCCAAACCGGGAAAAAGUAAACGCAUUGCUUGCUGGAAAUAUGAAUCAAAGGGAGGAAGAUGAGGAAAUUGUGGCUGCAAUGGCAAAUCCAUUGGGACUGUCCUUCAACCAUAUUACGUGGGUUAAUAAUGUUGAAGAAACGUCUAGUGCUUCAAAUCCUCAUGCUUCCCUAAUUCAUAUAGAAAUGUCAGUUAAAGAACAACAUGUGAUGGCAAUGGUUGAUACAGGAGCCACUCACACGUUCGUAGAUGUGAAAAUUGCUACAAAAUUGGGGCUGAAGUUGUCUAAAAUCCCUUUCUACGUCAAAACAGUCAAUGCUAAGGCAUAUGCCAUUGUGGGUAUGGCUUAUGGUGUGUCUAUGUCGACUGAAAGUUGGGUGGGAAAACAUAAUUUGAUGGUGAUGCCUCUUGGUGAAUUUGAGAUCAUACUUGGGAUUGAUUUUCUAAGGAAAUUCCAGUUUGUUCCAUUUCCUCACUUAGAUGGAGUGAUGGUCAUGAAUGAAAGCAAUGCUGGAUUUCUUAAAGGAGUUCAUCCAUUUGGGAAUGUUAAUAAAGUUGCAAAGAAGAAAGACAAGGGAAUGUUCUUGUCCGCUAUGUCAAUCGACAAAAGGCUGAAGAUGGGUGAUGACACUAUACUUGCUGCCUUGGUUGAAGUGAAACCUGAUGUUAAGAUAGAAGUGCCUGAUUGUGUUGCCGAAUUGCUUAAACAGUAUGCUGAUGUUAUGACGCCUGAAUUACCAAAGAAUUUACCACCAAGGAAAAUUGAGUUGCUGCAUGGUACAGUUGCUCCUGCGCAGGCUCCUUAUCGUAUGGCUCCUAAGGAAUUGGCUGAAUUGCGUAAACAAUUGAACGAGUUGUUAGAUGCUGGAUUGAUUCUGCCAUCUAAGGCUCCAUAUGGUGCCCCUGAUUUGAUGGACAGGUUGAGUAAAGCAUGCUGGUUCACAAAACUUGAUCUUAGGGCAGGCUGCUGGCAGGUUAGGAUAGCAGAAGGUGAUGAACCAAAAACAACGUGUGUAACUAGAUAUGGUUCAUAUGAAUUCCUUGUAAUGCCAUUUGGGCUAAUUAAUGCUCCGGCAAUAUUUUGCAACUUAAUGAAUAAUGUACUGUUUGACUAUCUUGAUGACUUUGUUGUUGUCUAUAUAGAUGAUAUUGUCAUUUAUAGUCUAACAUUGGAAGAACAUGUUAAUCACUUAAGUUUGGUUCUGUCUCAGUUGAGAAAAUACACACUUUAUGUUAAGAUGGAAAAGUGUGAGUUUGCUAAACAGGAGAUACAAUUUUUGGGGCAUCUUGUUAGUAAAAACCAAGUUCGAUUGGAUCCUAAGAAAGUGCAAGCCAUUGUUGAUUGGCAGGCACCUCGUCAUGUAAAGGAUUUGAGGUCGUUUCUUGGAUUGGCUAACUAUUACAGAAAAUUCAUUACUGGUUACUCAAAAAGGUCAGCGGCUUUGAUAGAGUUGUUGAAGAAAGAUACGAAGUGGGUUUGGUCUGAACGAUGUGAUGAAGCAUUUCAGAAUCUGAAGGAAGCUAUUGCAUCUGAACCAAUACUCAAAUUGCCUGAUUUUGAGUUACCAUUUGAAGUUCACACUGAUGCGUCAGACAAAGCAAUUGUUGGCGUAUUAGUGCAGGAAGGUCAUCCUGUGGCCUUUGAAAGUAGGAAAUUGAAUGAUGCUGAACAGAGAUACUCAAUACAUGAAAAAGAUAUGGUUGCUGUGGUACACUGUCUUCAGGUUUGGAGAGUUUAUCUCCUAUGUACUUGA